AUGUACGGCACAUCGACUGGUCCUCAGACCGGCAUCAAUACCCCUCGGUCAUCUCAAUCCCUCCGCCCUCUAAUUCUUUCACAUGGCUCUCUCGAGUUUUCUUUCCUCGUCCCCACCUCGCUCCAUUUCCACGCCUCGCAGUUGAAAGACACCUUCACUGCUUCAUUACCCGAGCCCACGGAUGAAUUGGCUCAGGAUGAUGAGCCUUCUUCCGUUACCGAGCUGGUCGCCCGCUAUAUCGGACUGGCUGCCCGCGAGCUCGCCUUGAAUGAGUUCGAGCGUGGCUUCAUGCGCGGCAACGACGUGCAUGCCGUGGUGGCUACUCUCCCUGGCAUUGUGGCCAAGAAGAACCAGGUCGUGGAGGCCUACUAUGCUGGACGAGCCGCCGCCGGCCGGCCCACCAAGCCCUACGACUCUGCCCUGUUCCGGGCGGCCUCAGAGGAUGCCGCCGGCAUCUAUACGGUCUUCGGUGGCCAGGGCAAUAUUGAGGAGUAUUUCGAUGAGCUCCGUUCCAUCUACACUACUUACCCCACCUUCGUCGAGGAUUUGAUCGUUUCCUCCGCAGAGCUCUUACAGACCCUCUCGCGAGAGCCUGAGGCCAGCAAGCUCUACCCUAAGGGUCUGGAUAUCAUGCGAUGGCUCCAGGAUCGGGAUGCCCAGCCCGAUACCGACUACUUGGUGUCCGCUCCUGUGAGUCUGCCAUUGAUCGGUCUGGUCCAGCUGGCCCACUACAUGGUGACCUGCAAGGUUCUGGGCCGUCAGCCCGGUGACCUCCUUGAGCGAAUCAAGGGUACUACCGGUCACUCCCAAGGUGUCGUGACCGCCGCUGCCAUCGCUACCGCGACCACCUGGGAGUCAUUCGCCAAGGCCACUCGGGAUGCCUUGACAAUGCUCUUCUGGAUUGGUCUGCGCAGCCAGCAGGCCUAUCCCCGCACAUCAAUUGCCCCCUCAGUGCUGCAGGAUUCCAUUGAAAACGGCGAGGGAACUCCAACCCCCAUGCUUUCCAUCCGGGAUCUGUCUCGCACCGCCGUCCAGGAGCACAUUGAUGCCACCAACCAGCACUUGCCCGAAGAUCGCCACAUUUCGAUCUCCCUGGUCAACAGUGCGCGCAACUUUGUGGUCACCGGUCCCCCGAUCUCCCUGUACGGUCUAAACCUGCGCCUGCGCAAGGUCAAGGCCCCUACCGGUCUGGACCAGAACCGUGUCCCCUUUACUCAGCGGAAGAUUCGGUUCGUCAACCGCUUCCUCCCCAUCACCGCCCCCUUCCACAGCCAGUACCUCACCUCGGCCUACGACCGCAUCAUUGAGGAUUUGGAGGACAUCGAAAUUCCCGCCAAGUCUCUGGUUAUUCCCGUUUUCCAUACUCAAUCCGGAGAGGAUUUGCGCCAGCUGGGCGACAAGAGCGCCGUCCCUGCUCUGGUGCGCAUGAUCACUCACGAUGCCGUCAACUGGGAACAGGCUACUGUCUUCCCCGGGGCCACUCACAUCAUUGAUUUCGGACCUGGCGGUAUCUCGGGUCUGGGUGUCCUCACCAACCGGAAUAAGGACGGUACUGGUGUUCGUGUCAUCCUGGCGGGUGAGAUGGAUGGCACCAAUGCCGAGGUUGGCUAUAAGCCGGAGCUCUUUGACCGUGAUGAGCACUCGGUCAUGUACGCCUCCGACUGGGUUAAGGAGCACGGCCCACGUCUGGUGCAGACCUCCACCGGCGAGACCUACGUUGACACCAAGAUGAGUCGUCUCUUGGGCAUUCCUCCCGUCAUGGUGGCCGGUAUGACCCCCACUACUGUCGCUUGGGACUUCGUGGCCGCGACGAUGAACGCUGGCUACCACGUUGAGCUUGCUGGUGGUGGUUACUACAACGCCAAGACCAUGACUGAGGCUAUCAACAAGAUUGAAAAGGCUUGUCCGCCUGGCCGGGGUAUCACGAUCAAUCUGAUCUAUGUCAAUCCCCGUGCCAUGCAGUGGCAGAUCCCUCUGGUCGGCCGCUUGCGCGCUGACGGUGUUCCUAUCGAGGGUCUGACCAUCGGUGCCGGUGUGCCCUCGAUCGAGGUUGCCAACGAGUACAUUCAGACCCUCGGUAUCAAGCACAUCGCUUUUAAGCCCGGUUCUGUCGAUGCUAUCCAACAGGUGAUCAACAUCGCCAAGGCUAACCCCAAGUUCCCCAUCAUUAUGCAGUGGACUGGUGGCCGUGGUGGUGGCCAUCACUCAUUCGAGGACUUCCACCAGCCCAUCCUUCAGAUGUACAGCCGCAUCCGCAAGUGCGACAACAUCGUUCUUGUCGCCGGUAGUGGCUUCGGUGGAGCUGAGGAUACCUACCCCUACCUUUCUGGUACCUGGUCUUCCAAGUUCGGCUACCCUGCCAUGCCCUUCGAUGGAUGUCUCUUCGGCUCUCGUAUGAUGAUUGCCAAAGAGGCUCACACCUCCAAGAAUGCCAAGAAGGCCAUUGCUGAUGCCCCCGGUGUCGACGAUGAGGAGUGGGAGAAGACCUACAAGAGUGCUACUGGUGGUGUCAUCACUGUCCUCUCCGAAAUGGGCGAGCCCAUUCACAAAUUGGCCACCCGUGGUGUUCUGUUCUGGCAGGAGAUGGACCAGAAGAUUUUCAAGCUCGACAAGGCGAAGCGUGUUCCCGAGCUCAAGAAACAGCGCAACUACAUCAUUAAGAAGCUCAACGAUGACUUCCACAAGGUGUGGUUCGGCCGCAACUCCGCUGGGGAGACCGUGGACUUGGAGGACAUGACCUACGCCGAAGUGGUUCACCGCAUGGUUGAUCUCAUGUACAUCAAGCAUGAGUCUCGCUGGAUUGAUGUCUCCCUGAAGCGCCUCACUGGUGAUUUCCUGCGCCGUGUCGAGGAGCGUUUCACCACUGUGAAUGAUCAAGACUCGAAGCUGCAAAGCUACUCCGAGCUCGACACACCAUACCCGACUGUUGACAACAUUCUGGCCGCUUACCCUGAGGCGGCGUCUCAGCUGAUCAAUGCCCAGGAUGUGCAGCAUUUCCUUCUGCUCUGUCAGCGCCGCGGACAGAAGCCCAAGGACUCUCUCUGGCAAAGCGAGGAUCUUGAGGCUGUCGUUGACCAGGAUGUUGGCCGUACUUGUAUUCUGCAGGGUCCUACGGCUGCUCGCUUCUCUACUUUCAUCGAUGAGCCUGUGAAGGACAUUCUUGAUGGUGUCCACAAGGGCCACAUCGCCGGUCUUCUUCGCGAUGUGUACGGCGGUGACAAGAGCAAGAUCCCGGUGAUCGAGUAUUUCGGUGGACAGAUGCUCAGCUCCGAGGACCAGCAGGAGAUGGAGGGUCUUACCGUCUCUGAAGAGGCCAACAAGAUCAGCUUCCGCCUGUCUUCGUCUUCCUCCGUUGAGCUGCCUGAAGUUGACCGCUGGCUUCGUCUUCUGGCUGGCGACUCCUACUCCUGGCGUCACGCCUUGUUCCUGGCCGAUGUGUUCGUCCAGGGUCACCGCUUCCAGACCAACCCCAUGAAGCGCAUCGUGGCGCCCACUGCUGGUCUUUUCGUGGAGAUCACCAGCCCUAGUGAACCCUCCAAGACUGUCAUCAGCGUCCGUGAGCCCUACCAGUCAGGCAAGUUGGUCAAGACUGUCGAGGCGAAAAUGAAUGAAAACGGUCAGAUUAGCCUGACCCUCUUCGAGGGCCGCACUGCCGAAGGCGGUGUUGUCCCCUUGACCUUCCUGUUCACAUACCACCCGGAGACCGGCUAUGCCCCCAUCCGUGAGGUGAUGAGUGAUCGUAAUGAUCGCAUCAAGGAAUUCUACUACCGUAUCUGGUUCGGCAACAAGGACGUGCCCUUCGACACCCCCACCACCGCCACUUUCAACGGUGGCCGGGAGACUAUCACUUCCCAGGCUGUUGCUGACUUCGUUCACGCUGUCGGCAACACCGGCGAAGCCUUUGUUGAUCGUCCCGGCAAGGAGGUCUUUGCCCCCAUGGACUUCGCCAUUGUGGCUGGCUGGAAGGCCAUCACCAAGCCUAUCUUCCCUCGCACUAUUGACGGUGACCUGCUGAGAUUGGUCCACCUGUCCAACGGCUUCAAAAUGGUUGGUGAUGUUUUGGACACUACUGCCCAAAUCAACGCCGUCAUCAACCAGGAAUCUGGCAAGAUGGUCGAGGUUUGCGGCACUAUCAAGCGUGAGGGCAAGGCCAUCAUGCACGUCACAAGCCAGUUCCUUUACCGGGGCGACUAUCUCGACUUCGAGAACACCUUCCAGCGCAAGGAUGAGGUGCCCAUGCAGGUUCACCUCGCCACCAGCCGGGAUGUUGCUAUUCUCCGCUCCAAGGAGUGGUUCUGCAUGGACGAGUCUGACAUUGAGCUCCUCGGCCAAACCAUCACUUUCCGUUUGCAGAGCUUGAUUCGCUUCAAGAACAAGACUGUGUUCAGCAAUGUUCAGACCGUUGGUCAGGUCCUGCUUGAGUUGCCCACGAAGGAGGUCAUCCAGGUCGCCUCUGUUGACUACCAGGCCGGCACCUCCCACGGCAACCCCGUCAUUGACUACCUUCAGCGCAAUGGAACUUCCAUUGAGCAGCCCGUCUACUUCGAGAAUCCCAUCCCUCUCAGUGGCAAGACUCUUCUCGAGCUGCGUUCUCCGGCUUCGAACGAGACCUAUGCUCGUGUCUCCGGUGACUACAAUCCCAUUCACGUUUCCCGUGUCUUCUCCAGCUACGCCAACCUGCCGGGUACCAUAACUCACGGUAUGUACAGCAGUGCUGCAGUCCGCAGCCUGGUCGAGACCUGGGCUGCUGAGAAUAACAUCGGCCGCGUUCGUGGCUUCCACGUCUCUUUGGUGGGCAUGGUGUUGCCCAAUGAUAUGAUCACCGUAAAGCUCCAGCACGUGGGUAUGAUUGCUGGUCGCAAGAUCAUUAAGGUCGAGGCCAUGAACAAGGAGACUGAGGACAAGGUUCUCGUUGGUGAGGCCGAGGUUGAGCAGCCUGUCACCUCCUAUGUCUUUACCGGUCAGGGUUCUCAGGAACAGGGCAUGGGUAUGGAGCUCUACGCUAGCAGCCCCGUGGCCAAGGAGGUAUGGGACCGUGCUGAUCGCCACUUCAUUGAGAAUUAUGGCCUGUCCAUCAUCGACAUCGUCAAGAACAACCCAAAGGAGCUUACCGUCUACUUCGGUGGUCCUCGGGGUAAGGCCAUUCGCCAGAACUACAUGUCGAUGACCUUCGAGUCAGUGAACGCCGAUGGAUCAAUCAAGUCGGAGAAGAUAUUCAAGGAGGUCGACGAGACUACCGCCUCGUACACAUAUCGCUCUCCCACUGGCCUGCUAUCUGCCACUCAGUUCACCCAGCCUGCUCUGACCCUGAUGGAGAAGGCCAGCUUCGAGGACAUGCGCUCUAAGGGUCUGGUGCAGCGUGACAGCAGCUUCGCAGGUCACUCUCUGGGCGAAUAUUCCGCUCUGGCUGCCCUAGCUGAUGUCAUGCCCAUUGAGAGCUUGGUCUCCGUUGUCUUUUACCGUGGUCUGACCAUGCAGGUUGCCGUCGAGCGUGACGAGCAGGGUCGUUCCAACUACUCCAUGUGUGCUGUCAACCCCAGCCGUAUUUCGAAGACCUUCAACGAGCAGGCUCUGCAGUACGUCGUUGAGAACAUCGCGGAGCAGACCGGCUGGCUUCUGGAGAUUGUCAACUACAACGUUGCUAACAUGCAAUAUGUGGCUGCUGGUGAUCUCCGUGCUCUUGACUGCCUCACCAACCUGCUGAAUUUCCUCAAGGCUCAGAACAUUGACAUUCCCACUUUGAUGCAGACUAUGUCUCUUGAGGAUGUCAAGGCUCACCUGGUGAGCAUCAUCAUGGAGUGUGUCAAGCAGACCGAGGCCAAGCCUCGCCCUAUCAACCUGGAACGUGGCUUUGCCACCAUCCCUCUCAAGGGUAUCGAUGUGCCCUUCCACAGCACUUUCCUGCGCUCUGGUGUCAAGCCCUUCCGGUCCUUCUUGCUCAAGAAGAUUAACAAGACCACAAUUGACCCCAGCAAGCUCGUUGGCAAGUACAUUCCUAACGUGACUGCUCGUCCCUUCGAGAUCACGAAGGAGUACUUUGAGGAUGUUUACAAGCUUACCAACUCGCCUCGCAUCGCCUCAAUCCUGGCCAACUGGGACAAGUACGAAGAGGGCAACGAGUCCGCCGCCCGUGCGGCCUAA